AAACCUGAAGAUGUGCACAUGGCUUGGGGGAUGCCAACAGAUUCCAGCGAUUCAGGGUUCACAAGUUUCUACAAGGACGACAGCUCGGUCCUUGACAACACGACUCCAUCCCCCUCCACUUCGGCGGUAAAGACGUCCGAUUCUCCGAGUAUGCCAGCGUUCUACGAGGGACGGACCUCUACUGUCACUUUACACCCGCAUAUUGAAGAAGCAACAACAGACAUCAAGGAUUGCACCAAGAAAGGCUGCAAACAUGGAUACUGUGUGAACCAAGAUGACGGAUACAAAUGUACCUGCCCACCUGGAUGGACUGGACACGACUGUAAGCAAGACAUAGAUGAGUGUACCGAAAAUAGUUGCGGACAUGGAAGCUGUGAGAAUGAAGACGGUGGAUACAAAUGCACCUGCUCACAUGGAUGGACUGGACAGAACUGUCAGCGUUCAAAAAGGAAGGAGAAAGAGACGGAGAAAAAGGAGAAAAAGAGAGAAAUGAUGAAAGCACGAAAGAGGGCAAGAAAGAAAAGAAAAAACUAGACAGGUAACAUUUGUGUACCUGAUACAGCAUGCUGUGUAUUUCACUGCCAGAAAGGCUCGUAGCUGGGUUUUCAUUCCUAACGUUAUUGUUUACAAGGUUUGCAACUACAGUGCACAUGGCGUCCUGGCAAAAUAUAACUGCCAAAUUCUAUGCUCCUCACUUCAGACAUGAUUGAAAAGCUCUUGCAUACAUUUCAAACGUUACCUGCAGGCCCCAAUAUGUAAAAGAAACAGUAUGUUUCUGUCAAUCUGUGCGG